AUGUAUAAAUAUGCAUACAGUUUUAUGUAAAGAACAGUAUGGACAAUAGUAAUGUUAGUAGGUUUUAUAGGAGUAAUAGCAUCUGGUCCUUUAUAUUGUACAUUUUUGAUAUAAUUAAUAAUGUUUAGUAUUUUUAAAGAAAUCAUAUCAUUGAAACGAAAUUUUAAUAAAGAAAUUCGUAUUCCUUGGUUUUUUGUAAUUAAUUGGUAUUUUUUUUUUGUAGGGAAUUAUUUUUUCUAUGGUCUUUUAUUUUAAUAAAAACUGAAAGGAGUAAUAAUUUUUAAUACUAUUUUGUAAAUAAUGAUAAAAUAUCACAAAUUUAUAUCUUUCUCAUUAUGGAUUAUAGGCUUUUUAGUAUUUGUCAUAUCAUUAAAAAAAGGUUAUUAUAGAUAUUAAUUUAGAUAAUUUGCAUGGACUCAUUUAGCUCUUAUUUUAGUUGUUGCUUAAGUAUCUUUUAUAAUUGUAAAUUUAUUAGAUGGAAUGAUUUGGUUUAUUUUACCUACUAUGUUAGUUAUUACUAAUGAUAUUUUUGCUUAUAUUUUUGGAAAAAUAUUUGGAAAAACUAAACUUAUUGAACUUUCGCCAAAAAAAACUUGGGAAGGAUUUAUUGGAGGAUUUUUUAGCUCUAUAUUAUUUGCUUUAUUUUUGUCAGGUUUAUUAUAAUAAAUUCCACUAUUAAUUUGUCCUUCAAAUAAAUUAAUUUUUACGCCUUUUAUUUAACCAGAUUGCACACCUAAUUAAAUUUUUAUUUAUAAAUAAUAUGAUUUCCCAGAAGUAUUCUAGGCUAUUUUUAACAUUUAACAUAUCUAUUUUUCAGACUUUUAGUUCCAUUCAUUAGUUUUGAGUAUGUUUGCAUCUCUAAUAGCUCCUUUUGGAGGUUUUUUUGCAUCAGGAUUUAAAAGGGCUAUAAAAAUAAAGGAUUUUGCUGACGUAAUUCCAGGACAUGGUGGUAUUACAGACAGAAUGGAUUGUUAAUUAUUAAUGGUAUAUAUAUUUUUUAUUAUAUUGUAAUUAAAAAAAAAAAAGGGAAUGUUUACUUAUGUAUAUAUACAUUAGUUUGUAUUAGGUAGUCAAUCCUAAAGUGUAGAAAAUAUAUUAAUGGGAAUCGUUUCUCUUUCUAAUGAAAAAUAAGUUUUAAUUUAUAAAUAAUUAGGAAAAAUUUUAUUAUAGAAAAACUUAUUAUUAGAUAAUAAUAAUAAUUAAUGA